AUGUCCGUCUGUGAGGCGGUAGAAGAAAGGUCCUUGGCGGAGCUCUCGACUGGUGAUAUGAGGAAGCAGCGCUUGCAUGACGCCCAGAUUCGCCACCUGCGCACGUCCGUCUUCUUCAUCGUGGAUGGAGUUCGACUGGUGCCGUAUGCGACUAUCGUGACAGGACAAAUAUCCAAGUAA